CUGAAUACACAGCCGGCUUUGUUCUACACGCAUUCCAUCUAAAAAACGGAACGAAGGAAAAACGCUUCCUUUUAUUUCCUUCUUUCCUUCUUCGAUUCGAUUCGAUUCCUCUCUCUCUCUUCUUCAAUCAGAUCUGAAAUUGUACAAGGAAAUUCCUCAAAAGAAAAAGAUUUAAAUUUAUUUAUUUUCCUGGAAUCAAUCUCGUCCCUACCCUCGAGAAAAACAAAAUAGAAAUGGGAGACUGAAUGGUGUUUGAUUUCUGGUUUUCUUUGUAAUCGGAAGUUGGAUUGAUUGAUUAAAUGGGCUGCUUUCCAUGUUUCGAUUCGAAGGAGGAAGAGGAAUUCAAUCGAGGGAAUCUGCGAGAUGAUGUUGGUGGGAAGGAUGGAAAGCCAACUGUUGAAUCUCAUAUCUCCAGAUUAUCUUCAGGAUCAUAUAUCUUGGUUUGGCUUUUUGAUGGAUUUCCAGGAGCUGACAGACUUAGAACAAGAAGCAAUGGAGUGUCGAAAAAGGAAUCAUUUGGUCCAAAGCCUGGGCCUGAUGUUAAUAUUGGAGCGCAAACGUUCACCUUUAGAGAGCUUGCAGCUGCAACAAAAAACUUCAGACCUGAGUGUCUUCUAGGGGAAGGUGGAUUUGGACGUGUUUAUAAGGGUCGCUUGGAGAGUACGGGGCAGGUUGUUGCUGUAAAACAAUUGGAUAGAGAUGGGCUCCAAGGAAACAGGGAAUUUUUGGUGGAGGUUCUCAUGCUCAGCCUUUUGCAUCACCCUAAUCUCGUCAAUCUGAUCGGAUACUGUGCUGAUGGAGACCAGCGUCUUCUUGUCUAUGAGUACAUGCCAUUGGGAUCAUUGGAAGACCAUCUUCAUGAUCUUCCUCCUGACAAAGAGCCGUUGGACUGGAAUACGAGGAUAAAGAUUGCGGCCGGUGCAGCCAAAGGGUUGGAAUACCUGCAUGAUGAAGCAAACCCUCCUGUUAUUUAUAGAGACUUCAAAUCAUCGAACAUAUUAUUGAAUGAGGGGUUCCAACCUAAGCUAUCUGAUUUUGGGCUUGCAAAGCUGGGUCCUGUUGGAGAUAAGUCACAUGUCUCCACCAGGGUCAUGGGGACUUAUGGUUAUUGCGCUCCUGAGUAUGCUAUGACCGGACAAUUAACUGUGAAAUCCGAUGUGUACAGUUUUGGGGUAGUCUUCUUGGAGCUGAUUACUGGACGGAGGGCUAUCGAUAGCAGCAAAGCUCAAGGAGAGCAAAAUCUCAUUUCAUGGGCCCGACCCAUGUUCAACGAUAGACGGAAGUUCCCGAAAUUGGCAGACCCAUGUCUACAAGGCCAAUAUCCAAUGCGCGGGCUCUACCAGGCCCUUGCCGUAGCGUCCAUGUGCAUUCAAGAGCAGGCGGCUGCUCGUCCUCUCAUUGGAGAUGUGGUGACUGCUCUUUCCUACUUGGCAUCCCACUCAUACAACUACCCUACAGCUUCUGACGGGAGGAGAGGCAGCAGCAGUGGUGCGGAGAGACAAGAGGAAAGAACUGGAAGAGUGGCGAGAAAUGAACAAGGGGGAGGCUCCGGACAAAAGUUGGACUUAGAUGGUUCUGAGAAAGACGACUCUCCAAGAGAGACAGCUCGGAUCUUGAACCGGGGUAUGGACCGAGAGCAAGCGGUUGCAGAGGCCAAGAUAUGGGGAGAGAAUUGGAGGGAAAAGAGGCGAGCAAACGUGCAAGACAAUUUCGAUGGUGCAAACGGGGGCUAGGCCUUAGAUUCGUUGCUUUCUUUCGUGUAAUGAGAUCUGAACCAAUCGUCAGAGAGGUGGGCCACAUGAUGGUAACGCAUUGUCUUCCUUUCUUCUCUUUUACAUGAAGGAAAAACCAGAUAGCUGAGAGUGUACAUUGACGUGGAGAAUAAAAAUGAAGCAUCUUUAGCCCC